GGAAUGGAUGCAUCUUUCCUGUCAGUCAACUUUCUGAAAAACACAUCUUGUAAGCUCUGAAAUCUUUGUAAAAGGAAUUUACAAAGUGAAGUUGCUAUAUGAUCGAGUGCGUACUCUCUAUCUAAGCUUGUUCCAUUCUUUUUAUGGUUAUAUUUAAAAUAUCUUUCUUUUUCCCUGAAUAUUUUUACCUUUAAGCUCCUUUUGAAUCCUUUUUGAAUGUAUUUUUGAAAGAUUUAAUAUUGAGAAGGUAUGCGACAAACGAGUAGAUCUUUACCAUUACUUCUUCUGAAAUCUCAAUAUUGAGCAUUAAUAAAAAUUCUGAUCCAUCGAUCAACAACCAAUUUUGAAGCCAUUCAUAAAGCUUAGCUGCAUCUUUUUUG